GCUGGAAUGCCAGCCUGGCCCGGCGGCAGCUGUUGCUGCUGCCCGCAUCUCGCUCUCUCCGCCGCGCGGCGCCUGCUCCUGAGAAGCCCCAGCGGAGGCGGAGGCGGAGGGAGAGGUGGGCCGCGGCGUGGCCGAGACGAUGCCGCACUUCACCGUCGUGCCCGUGGAGGACAAGCACCGGACGGACUACGACAACUUGGAAGGACUCAGCUGGGUGGACUACAGCGAGCCCGGCGACGGGGCGCGCCGCGCUUCCCACCAGCGCGAUGCCUACGACACGGUCAGCUCCGACGGCCAUGGCAACCAUAAAGAAAGCAGUCCUUUCCUCAACAAUUCUGAUCCUGGCAAAGGAGGAGAUUAUUAUGACAGAAACUUGGCUUUGUUUGAGGAGGAAUUGGAUAUCCGGCCAAAAGUCUCUUCCCUGCUUGGCAAGCUGGUCAGCUACACAAAUCUCACUCAAGGAGCAAAGGAACAUGAGGAAGCGGAAAGCACGGAAGGGUCAAGAAAGAAAAUAUCAAAAUCACCCAGCAUGGGCACCUUGAUGGGCGUUUACCUGCCGUGUAUGCAGAAUAUAUUUGGGGUCAUUCUAUUCCUGAGAUUGACAUGGAUGGUGGGAACGGCUGGUGUUCUGCAGUCCUUCCUGAUUGUCUUAAUCUGCUGCUGCUGUACUAUGCUGACGGCCAUAUCGAUGAGUGCUAUUGCAACAAAUGGUGUUGUUCCAGCUGGCGGUUCAUACUUCAUGAUCUCAAGAUCAUUGGGCCCUGAAUUUGGUGGCGCAGUGGGACUGUGCUUUUACUUGGGGACAACAUUCGCAGGCGCUAUGUACAUCCUUGGUGCCAUUGAAAUUUUGCUAACAUACAUUGCUCCUCAAGCGGCCAUUUUCCAUCCAACUGGGGCCCACGACACUUCCAACGCCACGCUGAAUAACAUGCGAGUGUAUGGGACCUUGUUUCUCACGUUCAUGGCUGUAGUGGUUUUUGUAGGCGUGAAAUAUGUCAACAAAUUUGCAUCUCUGUUUUUGGCUUGUGUCAUAAUAUCCAUCUUGUCCAUCUAUGCUGGAGCAAUCAAAUCCAUCUUUGAGCCACCCGUUUUUCCAGUUUGCAUGUUAGGCAACAGGACUCUUUCAAGGGACCAGUUUGAUAUAUGUGCCAAAACUACAGUCGCUGGCAACGUCACUGUGCCCUCCCAGUUGACGGAACUCUUCUGCCCAGGCUUCAAUAUAACCUCUGGAUUCUGUGAUGAGUAUUUCCAGUUCAACAACGUUACUGAGAUUGUAGGGAUUCCUGGAGCUGCUAGUGGCAUUUUGCAAGAUAACAUCUGGAGCAAUUACUUGGAGAAAGGUGAGAUUCUGGAGAAAGCUGAUCGCCCAUCUGUUGAUGUGGCUGGACAUAAGAACAACCUUCACCUUUACGUUUAUGCAGACAUAGCAACUUCCUUCACAGUGCUCGUUGGCAUCUUCUUCCCUUCAGUGACAGGGAUCAUGGCUGGCUCAAAUCGAUCUGGAGACCUCAAAGAUGCCCAGAAGUCUAUUCCUAUUGGGACUAUCCUAGCUAUUAUCACUACGUCUCUAGUCUAUUUCAGCUGUGUGCUGCUGUUUGGUGCUUGCAUUGAAGGUGUUGUUCUUAGAGAUAAAUAUGGUGAUGCCGUGAACAGGAACUUAGUGGUGGGCACGCUUGCGUGGCCCUCGCCGUGGGUCAUUGUGAUAGGCUCGUUUUUCUCUACUUGCGGAGCAGGUUUGCAGAGCCUCACUGGUGCCCCGCGGCUGCUUCAAGCAAUCGCCAAGGACAACAUCAUUCCUUUCUUAUGGGUGUUUGGCCACGGGAAGGCAAAUGGUGAGCCAACCUGGGCCCUUCUGCUCACAGCACUGAUUGCAGAACUCGGCAUUCUUAUCGCAUCCCUUGACAUGGUGGCCCCAAUUCUUUCUAUGUUUUUCUUGAUGUGUUACUUAUUUGUCAACUUAGCCUGUGCAGUGCAAACACUCCUAAGAACUCCAAACUGGAGGCCCAGAUUUAAGUACUACCACUGGGCCUUGUCCUUUUUAGGCAUGAGUAUCUGCCUUGCACUGAUGUUCAUCUCCUCCUGGUAUUAUGCUUUAGUGGCAAUGCUCAUUGCAGGCAUGAUUUACAAGUACAUUGAAUACCAGGGGGCGGAGAAGGAAUGGGGUGAUGGGAUCCGGGGCCUGUCUCUAAGUGCUGCCCGGUAUGCUCUGCUGAGAUUGGAGGAAGGGCCCCCACACACCAAGAACUGGAGACCGCAGCUGUUGGUGCUUCUGAAACUGGACGAAGAUUUGCAUGUGAAAUACCCCAGACUGUUGACGUUUGCUUCUCAGCUGAAAGCCGGCAAGGGACUGACCAUCAUUGGAACAGCAAUACAAGGCAACUUCCUGGAGAGCUAUGGAGAAGCACAGGCGGCUGAACAGACAAUCAAGAAUAUGAUCGAGAUUGAGAAGGUGAAAGGAUUUUGCCAAGUUGUCGUAGCUAACAAAGUCCGGGAUGGCAUUUCCCACUUGAUACAGUCAUGCGGAUUGGGAGGCAUGAAGCAUAACACGGUGGUACUGGGGUGGCCGUAUGGCUGGAGGCAAAGUGAAGACUCAAGAGCCUGGAAAACCUUUAUAGACACUGUACGCUGUACAACUGCAGCCCACCUUGCCUUGCUGGUACCCAAAAAUGUUUCCUUCUACCCUGGCAAUCAUGAGCGUUACAAUGAAGGGAACAUCGACGUCUGGUGGAUUGUACAUGAUGGAGGCAUGCUGAUGCUGCUUCCUUUUCUGCUCAAACAGCAUAAAGUUUGGCGAAAAUGUAAAAUGAGAAUUUUCACCGUAGCUCAGAUGGAUGACAACAGCAUCCAGAUGAAGAAAGACCUGGCCACCUUCCUCUACCACCUCCGAAUAGAGGCUGAAGUAGAAGUCGUAGAAAUGCAAAACAGCGAUAUCUCCGCCUACACUUACGAACGGACUCUGAUGAUGGAGCAAAGAUCUCAGAUGCUGAGGCAGAUGAGAUUGACCAAAACAGAAAGAGAAAGGGAGGCUCAGCUGGUGAAGGACAGGCACUCUAUCAUAAGGUUAGAGAGUCUGUACUCCGAUGAGGAAGAUGAAGGGGAAGCAGUCCCAGAAAUGAUCCAGAUGACAUGGACAAAGGAGAAAUGCGACUCUGAUAAGCGAAUCCGUAACAAUGCAGUGGAGAACUUCAGAGAGCUCAUCAGUAUUAAACCAAACCAGUCAAACGUCCGAAGGAUGCACACUGCUGUGAAGCUGAACGAAGUCAUUGUAAACCGAUCCCAUGAUGCGCGACUUGUUCUUCUCAACAUGCCUGGCCCUCCCAAGAACACUGAUGGAGAUGAAAACUAUAUGGAAUUUCUUGAGGUCUUGACCGAAGGCUUGGAGCGAGUGUUACUUGUCAGAGGUGGUGGCCGAGAAGUCAUCACCAUCUACUCUUGAUCCAAACAGAACAGCAUCUGACACCACUUACCCUCUUUAUGAUAAAAAGACAUUCCUGUUUUUGAUGGAAAAUUGGGCUUUUCUUUUUCUCUGCCUCUAUCUGAACUAUUCUCUUCCCCUCAAAGCGUACACAAAUCACUGUAUGUCUAUAAUGCAUGUUCCACUGCAUUAUUCCAGUUCCAACAUACAUAUCUCUUUUGGGGUGUGAUUGUAUUGUACCAUUCUGCUUAGGGACACAUUUAAUCAUGACUCUGAUGUAGCUCUGCUUCUGCUUUCAUAUUAUGGCAGAUGUUUGUACAGUUCUGAUACCGAACCUCCUUUUUUUAAGGAAAUAAAAGUGCAGAAUUUUUAGUAACUGAAUGUAAUAUAUUAGAACUGAGCUCUGUUAUCAGGUAGGAAUAUUUUAAACAAAUACUUUACCAUAGGGUAUAGAGGGGGCACUUUGCAGGGCAGCUAGUUUCUGCUGCUGCUGAUCCUCUGUAACUUGUAAGUAACAGAGGGGGAAGUAACCUAACCAGCACUGUCUAAAUCAUUGGUGGCUGUGCUGUGGCCUUCCAGAUGUUUUUGGACUACCUUCAGCCCCAGCCAGCUUGGAGGGCCACAAGUUAGCCAUCACUUUUUUAAAAAAAUAUACACACAAUUUUUGUAAACUCAGCUCCAAAUUUGUGUUGAAUAAAAAAAAUACAUUUUGAUAAACAUUUUAAAUUAUGAAAAUUAUGUACAAUAUGCAAGAGAGUGGAAAUGACCGUGUCUUCCCCCUUAUUUAUUUUUCUAUUUAUUUGUUAGAAACAUGGCAGUAAGAAAGUAACCAGUGUAGACUAAUGAUUGUCGUCUGCUCCCUGCAGGCCAUAUUUAGCUGGAACUGUCUGUUACAAAUGCAUAGCUAGAUGUUUUAAGUUUAUUUAAAUAAAUUAGAUCAAAAUUGGUGUGUAGUUCUGCUGUUUCAAAUAGUUGCAGGCUACCAUGCUGUAAAUGGAUAGAUUGUACUUGUACAAGAAUGUCAAUGCACCCUUUGGGUGCAUACUGGUCACAGAUUGAGGGUUGCCGGGGGGUGGGGGAGGAAAGCUUUUUAUAACCAGGAAGUCUAAAGGUUGUUUUUUAUCGCACCCAUUAAGUUGUAUUUACUGUACAGGAGGUCUGUAUUUUUUUCAAAUAAAAUAUUGCAUUCACUUUAGCUAAUGUCAUCUAUCCUGGGAGGAGUACCAUUCCUCUGUAUGUAUCCUCUGGAGAAGCAAAACCGAGUGAUCAAUUUGACAUGGGACACUUUGACAUGCAAGUGGCCCUACCCAUCUUGUCAAUCGACUGGCAUCAGGCGCCUCUCAAGCCAUGGUUUGAAUGGAGUGCCUUUUUCUAUCACCCUGGAGGGAGACAAGGAACAGUCAUCCAGCACUUUAACUGUAUACUGUAGUACUUUUAUGGUAAAGUAUUGUUUUAUUUUCUCAGUGGUUCAUUUUUUUCUACCAUUGCUUUGAAAUGCUAAUUAUUAAGCACUGCAAUAAUUAUUUAAAACUUGGUUUACAUUGUGUCCCCCUCCCCGAAAAGGUGGUGUUAUGUCAUUAACUAAAUCAUUAGGACUACAGUGGAAGGUGACAGACUAUCCUUUAUUGGAGGUUUUUAAGCAGAGAUGGAUGGCAAUCUUGGGAUUCUUUACCGUAGCUGUGCUCCUGGAUUGCAGAGGGUAAAUGACCCUUGGAUUCUCUUGCAAUCCUACAGUUCUAUGAUUCUAGCCACAGUUGCAAAGGAGGAAUUAGUGCACUUUUUUAACUUUCAGCAACAGGCUGCAAAUAAGGCAUGCCUAGGAGGUGAGUGGUUUGUAACUAAUGAGCACAAAUUCCAUUUUGUAAAGCAAAGCAAAUGUUAUCAAAGCAUUUACUUGGGAUCCAUUAGCCACAAAUCUAUGGGUUACAACCCCCACAUCACUGCCCAUCUACUCUUCCUGCACUUGUAAGCAUCAAGUCCAUUCGUCAUGCAUUGCAUUGCAGACUAACUUGAACACUUAGCUAUAGACUGAAGGAUUUCCCUGCAGAUUUAAGUUAUACAGACUACAUUCAUUCCCACUCAUCUUUGCAUGAGCCUACCAGAAACUUGUUUUUAUCAUGUAAAGGCAUUUGCCAAUGCAAAAGGAGUUAUUUUUGUAAAAACUAACACAAAGUUUUAACUGUUAGCUACCUUUUAAUCUCUCAAAAUAGUACAAACCCAUGUAAAUUUUAGUGCCAAUCAGCCUUUAUACACACAAACGCACAUACCACUGAUGUAUACAUACAUUUAAAAAUAAAAUUUCUACCCAAAACAAAUCAGAUAAGAUUUUACAAGUUAAUAUUUCUAAAACACACAACCCCCCCUGAAAUCUGGCAUUCAUCAAGCCACUGUGUAGAAAUAACCCUGCCACAGUCCAUAAUAUCUGGUACUUUUUUCUCCCUUGCAAUUUCAGCUGUGCCUUCAAAGGCAAUUUACUCCAGAUGAUGACAGCUGAGGGCAGUGGCAGACUUCUGCCAGGCAACUUUGGGAGAGUAGUUCCACCUACCAAAAGAAGCGAGAGAGA